AUGACAUUUGCUGAGGACAAGACUUACCAGUACAUCCGCUACAAUUUCACCCAGUUUUGCGAUGUUAGUGUGAUCGAGAUUCUGCCGUACUUGUCCUGCCUCACAGCAAGUGACCAGGAUCACCUCCAGGCCAUCUACUCGCAGAGAGGGAACCGGAACACUCUCUGGUAUCUCUUCAACUUCCUGAAGAGGAGAAGCAACUGGGUGGAUUUCCUCAUCGAGGCACUGAGGUCCUGUGAACUGACUAAACUCGCUGAAGAAGUGGCCAGUGUCUAUAGGAGCUACCUGCCUCGGACCCUCAAUCAUCCCCCAGCCCAACUGGAGCCACUGUCAGUCCCUGCUGAGGUUCCAGGACCCAGUGCUAAGGUUCCAGUGACCCCCAGUACCUCCCACAAUGGCUACAGAGAGGACGAACCAAGUUACCUCAUGCCUGUCCAGGAGUCCCCCAGGGAGAGGUCAGAGCAAACUCCACAGACACCCAGCUCUGGGGCUAUCCCGAGGAGGCCACGUGGACCCCUGGAGCCCUCCUCUGACCUCGCAACCCUCAGCUCUCUGACCUUCAACAGGCAUCAGGAGCGGGACACAGAAUUGGGCAUUGCCCACGCAGCAGGCAUGGUCUCCAGUCCUACGUCACCCUGUGGGCCUGUGUCUCCAUCUGUCUCUUUCCAACCCCUAGCCCGCUCCACCCCCAGGGCAAGCCGCUCGCUUGGACCCCCAGUGUCAGCUUCACCCACUGGCACCCCCUCCUCUUGUACAUCCACCAGCUUGCCUUCUGCAGAAGGGGCUGGUGACCAAAGCACGGUUACCAUCUGCUCCAGUGAGACAGAGGAACCUUCCCACUCUAUGAUCACCAACUCUGCAUCCUGCAAGUUGCCUACGAUGCCUGCAAACCCAAUGCCUUCCAAAGUGCCUUCCAACUUGACAGCCAUCAGCACAGUACCUACCAAGUUGUUCACAGCGCCUGAAAACACAGGAUCCUCGAAAGUGCCUGCCAAUUCAGCACCCAUCAGCACAAGAGCCUCCAAGUUGCCCACGGUGUCUGCAAACACAGGGCCCUCUAAAGUGCCUACCAAUUCAGCACACAUCAGCACAGCACCCUCCAAGUUGCCCACUAGUGUGAAGUCCCCUGAGACAGUGCCCUCUACUAUGCUUCCAUCCAGAUUGCCUACCAACUCAAUGCGUAUUGGCACAGUGCCCACCAGCAAAAGCAUCAGUAGACCAGAGGAGAUUCCAGAGAUUCCAGCACCUGCAGGUCCCAGAGGCGGUGCUCCCUGGCCAGGCAGCAGGUUGAGCUCAGAGCUGGAGCUGAGCAAGCCAGAGGAGCUAGUGUCUCAGGUAGACAGCCAGCUGUACUCGGGCACCUCUGAGGACCUAGCCAUCAGCCACAGUGUCUCUCUGGAUGGGGGGCCCAGCAACAUCCCGGAGGAAGAUGAAUAUGAGUCCCAGUCCACGGGCUCCUUUGAGAUCCACGUGACCGAAGCCCCCAGUGUCGACCUCCAGGAUAGCAACUCCAAACAGCUUGCUGCCCCUCAGCCUCCAGAACAGAAGCCUUUGGUCAGGGACAGCUCCUGGGCUCUGUGGCUUGGGGCCACCACGGCUGGGCUGCUCCUAGCCACGCUCCUGACCAUGCUGUACCGGCGACGCCUACGCCAGUGA